AUGGCGCCCCCUAAGGUCUUUUUCACCGGUGCUACCGGCUAUAUCGGCGGCGACGUCUUCUACAACAUCACCCAGGCCCAUCCCGACUGGGAGGCGUCCGUCCUGGUCCGGACCAAGGACAAGGCCGCCCAACUCACCAGCAAGUACCCCAACGUGCGAGUGGUGAUCGGAGAUUUGGACUCGGUCGACGUUAUCGAGGAGGAAACCAAGAAUGCCGACAUCGUUUUCAACUGCGCCGACUGCGACCAUGUCGCCUCAGCCGAAGCUAUCGCAAAGGGCCUCGCCCAUCACACCCCCGAGAGGCCCGGGUGGCUGAUUCACACUUCCGGCACGGGUAUCUUGACCGUCGAAGACUUCCGCACCAACACCUGGGGUGUCUACCGGACCAAGGAGCACGAUGACUGGGAGGGCGUUGACGAGCUAGUCAACAAACUGCCCGAUGACUCUCUCCACCGCAACGUAGACAAGAUCAUCAUCGAGGCCGGGAAGCGCUCCCCAGACAGCGUCAAGACGGCAAUCGUCUGCCCGCCCACGAUCUACGGCCCCGGCCGCGGCCCCGGCAAUCAGAAGAGCAUCCAGGCAUACUGGUUGACGGCGGCCGUCCUGAAGCGCAAGAAGGGCAUCCUAGUCGGUGACGGCAAGAACGUCUGGCACCAGGUGCACGUCCAGGACCUGAGCGACGUCUACCGGUUACUGGGCGAUGCGGCCGUCGCGGGCGGUGGUAAGGCCACCUGGAACAACGAGGGCUACUACCUGGCUGAGAACGGGCCCUUCGUGUGGGGCGAUAUCCAGCGCGAGGUGGCUAGGGUGGCUUACGAGAAGAAGCUGAUCCCGUCCCCUGAGGUUGAUUCGUUGUCGGACGCUGAGGUCACCGAGCUGAACAAGUUUGGUCUUUAUGCUUGGGGAAGCAGCUCGAGAGGCCAUGCGCUCCGCGCGAGAAAGUUGUUGGGAUGGUCGCCUAGCAAGCCUGGCUUGAAGGAGCUUAUCCCGGAGAUUGUGGAUAUCGAGGCGAAGGACUUGGGCCUGCAUCCUCGCUUUGGCACCCCUGUCAUGGCCCCAGGUGCUGGAGGAAAGAGAAAAAGAGGUGACCGAUCGUGGUCCGGCGACUCCACGCACGACGGCCAGCGGCCUUCUCCCCACCGACCGGGCGGCCUCAACAUGGCCCAACACCCACACCCCUCUCCUUCUCGCGACUAUUCCGAAAAUACGCGUGGAAGGUCGCGGAGACAGCCAGGCCGAGGAGGUAGAGGCGGGUUUGGUCGCAGACACAGUGGGGACGGCCAUCCCCAUCCGUCCGGUGACCGGAGGGAUUCAACAGCCGCGUCCUCCCAAAACGCGCCCUCAACCACAUCUGCUUCAGACCAGACCAACGGGACAACUGCUCAGCAGUCGCCGAUGGCUUUUCCCGCGCCUGCGCCCCAGUCACAGCCGCAGCUUGAUCCGCCCGCCCAGCCUCAAUCGGCGCCGGCCUCGCAGCAUCAAACGUCCCCCCCGACCCCCGUCCAACCCCCUUCGCGCCCGCCGCCGCCGCCGCCGCCGUUCGACUACGAAUAUGUCACGGAUAGCGUGGUGGAGGACUGGGCCUCGACUGGGCGACAGCAACUCGUCGAGAACGGUAUCCGAGCGCGCAAUGAGGAAGACGUCUCGUUGUUUGCCCUUUAUGGGAGGCUACUCCCGAUAGAUGCAGGUGCUGCCAUAAAAGAUGUCAUCGGGGCAGAUGUUGCGGCGGAGGACGUCAACAUGGAGGGCCAAGGACAGGCCACGACGGCCUUUGAUCCUCGCUCACUGUUCCUGGACACCUUAUCUAUCGUCACAGAAUCCGACACGUCGAAUGUCGCACUGAGGCCAUUGGUGUUCUCGACCGCGAUCAACCCUACCCUUAUGCGCCUCCAGCUCGAAACACCCCUCCUUCAAUCGCUUGGACUCACAAACCUUCUUUAUCGCCAAUCCAAUUACAAUCUCCUGAGAGAAGAGUCCGAGGGAUAUUCCAAGCUGCUCACCGAGUUGUUUACGACGAGCAACAACGAACCGCCGUCAAGUGAAGUUGUCGAAGAUACCUUUGAAAAGGUAAAGGCAAUGGUCGGCGCAUUUGACAUGGAUGUCGGCCGCGUCCUCGACGUCACCCUCGAUGUAUUUGCUGCUGUUCUUGUGAAGCAGUACCGAUUCUUCGUCAAACUCUUGCGUGUCAGCUCGUGGUGGCCCAAGGAAGAUAUUUUCCGCAGCUCUGGCAGAGACAACCGUGACUCCGGACUCCCCAAUUGGGCUCUACCGGGCUCUUCGGGAUGGAUAACCACAGACGAGGAGCGGCUCCAGGCGAUGCAGGCUAACGAACAUCGAGACCAUGAGUUCUGGAACAGGGUCCGGGAGAUUGGGAUCCGGGCUUUCUUCGAAAUUGGUCGCGAGCCUAUCUCCAAAGACGAGCUAAACCGCAUCCUUCCAGAGUCAAACAGUCUCUCCGAAGAGGAGCUCAAGAUAAGGAAAUGGGUCGACGAAACCGGAACAUUGCCACCUAAGGGAAGCAGGGUAGCCGCGCAGCUACUAGGCUUCAAGCUCCGCUUUUAUUCCUCCCGCGCUCGCUCCAAGGCGGAUGUGCUCCCGGAUAACCUCAUCUACCUGGCUGCCUUGUUGAUCAAGGUCGGCUUUAUCUCACUCCGUGACCUUUACCCCCACCUCUGGCGACCAGACGACUCCAUGGAGGCCCUCAAGGAAGAAAAGAUCAAAGAAAAGGCAGAAAGGGAAAGAGCCGCACGACCCGGUGGCGGCAUCAAUGCCCUCAUGACGGCUGGUGCUCUGUCCGACGAUACGCUACCAGCCCCUCGUAUGCGCGAUUCGGAGGCGCGUUCGGCGACCCCUGGCAAAGAUCAAGACGCAGACAAAGCCGCGGCAAAGGCUGAAGAAGACGACCUGCCGGAGCCGUCAGAUCAGAAGGUGCUCCUUCUCAAAAGUCUUCUGGCAAUUGGCGCCCUUCCGGAGUCUUUUUUCUUUCUGAGCCGAUUCCCAUGGCUGAUGGACACUUAUCCCGAGCUUCCCGAGUUCAUUCAUCGUAUUAUUCACCACUGCCUGAGUAAAGUCUACACUCCUCUGCGCCCUCCCACGUCGACGGAUGAGUUCAAAGAACCAAAGCAGAUCAUGAGUCAGGAUCAAUCGGGUGUCCCGAAAGGCCAAAUUCGGUUGAGCCAGGCGCCCCCACCGCGAGUUCUUCGAUGGGCUCAGCUGGACAAGGAGGAUACGAAUGACGGAACCGACUAUCGAUUCUACUGGGAUGACUGGGCCGACAAUGUGCCCAUCUGCCAGUCCGUCGACGACGUCUUUGCUCUUUGCUCCUCGUUCCUCAACCUGUCUGGCCACAAAAUAGGGCAGGACCCGAGCUUAUUGGCGAAACUUUCGAGGAUCGGCAAAGAUAGCUUGAAGCAAGACGAUUCGCCGGAAAACAGAGCUCGCUGGCAGGAUCUAUGCAAGCGUCUAUUGCUCCCAUCGAUCAGUUUGACAAAAGCGAACCCGGGCGUCGUUAACGAGGUUUUUGACCUCGUGAGCUUUUUCCCGCGCGACACACGGUACAACAUGUACGCUGAAUGGUAUUCCGGGCAAACCUCUCGGCUGCCCGAUAUCAAGUCUGCGUUCGAUCAGGCACGAGCGGAAACGAAAGACGUGCUGAAAAGAUUGAGCAAAACCAACAUCAGACCCAUGGCUCGCGCGUUAGCGAAGAUUGCGUUCGCCAACCCCGGAAUUGUCAUCAACGUUGCGAUCAGCCAAAUCGAAUCCUACGAAAACCUGAUCGAGGUGGUCGUGGAAUGCGCACGGUACUUCACCAACCUCGGGUACGACGUAUUGACCUGGGGUCUGAUUAGUUCCCUUGGCCAGAAGGGGAGGAGCCGUCUCCUUGAUAAACGGCACGAAUCCAAAACUACUUCCAAGCGGCUGAUGAAGUCUCUCACGGUCUCCAAACUAGCCGGUCAGCUGCUCAUUGCGAUUGCCCAGGAACGCUGGACUUGUGUUUUCAAAGAAUCCGAUGGCUCUGAUGAACUGAAGUUGCUGGGUAACGUCUUCGAUGAGAUCCACCGUAUCCUAGCCCAGUACCUCGAUUUGCUUCGCAGCAACUUGACAAUUGACGAGUUCGAUGCUUUCGUCCCCGACCUUGCUUCCCUUGUCCGUGAAUUUGGCGUUCAGCCUGAGAUCGCGUUUUGGAUUCGCAGACCGAGUGUCGCCAAAAGGAUUGCCGAAGUCGACAAAGCAACACAGGAGGAAGCAGCAGCAGCAGCUGCUGCUAAACCCCAGGACAUCAAGGUCGAAGUGCCAGAGACCGAGACCGACAAGAUGGAGACGGCAGAUGAUGGUGAACCGACAGCGACGGAAGCGCCAGCUGUCAACUCCAUGGAUGUCGACAAAGAGCAGCCUCAGCCAACCGAUGCUGAUGCUGCCAAUGCAACGGAGCUGUCGACCGCACCGAUCCCUGCUGCUGCUGAAUUGCCUCUGAACCCGGUCAUACAGGAUCUUCAGGACCAAGUCAAGUCCGCCCUGCCUUCCGACAACUGGAAUGUCGUUGGGUUGCAUUUCUACGUGACCUUCUGGCAGUUGUCGAUUUACGACGUUCACAUACCCCAGAAAGCCUAUGAGGAUGAGAUAGAUCGACAGAAGAGGAAGGUGAUGGUCAUCAAUAAUGAUCGUUCUGACAUUAGUAUGGCUGGCACGCAGAGAAAGGAGCGAGAAAAGAAGCAGAUCACCCAGCUUCAAGAUCAAAUCUUGGAGGAGAAUAAGGCCCACCUCAAAUCCUACGGUCAGACGCGGGGAAAGCUGCAAAAAGAAAAGGACCGAUGGUUUGCCGGCAUGCGUGGGAAGCAUGAUUCUUUGAAUGUUGCCCUGCUUGAGCAAUGUUUCUUGCCUCGUCUGCUUCUUUCUCCCAUUGAUGCGUUCUACUGUUUCAAGAUGCUGAAGGUCCUUCAUACAUCCGGAACUCCGAAUUUCCGGACAGUUGGUCUAUUAGAUCAGCUUUUCCGGGAGCAAAGGCUCACUGCGCUGAUUUUCCAGUGUACCUCGAGGGAAGCAGACAACCUCGGGUGCUUCCUGAACGAGAUCCUGCGUGACCUCACCCGCUGGCAUGCAAGCAAGGCCGUCUACGAAAAGGAGGCUUUCGGAAACAAGAAGGACCUCCCCGGGUUCGCCAUGAACGUGGACCCCGAGGGGAAGCCUACAAUGUUCCUGGAGUAUGAGGACUUUCGCCGAUUGCUGUACAAGUGGCACCGCCUUAUAGCCGCCGCGUUGAAGAUUUGUCUUAACGGUGGAGAGUAUAUGCACAUUCGCAACGCUAUCAGUGUGCUCAAGGCGAUCGUCCAACAUUUCCCAGCGGUCAACUGGAUCGGUCGCGACAUGCUAACGAGCGUGAACACCUUAAGCCAGCAGGAUGAGCGGGAUGACGUGAAGAUUCCCGCCGCCUCACUAAUUGGUGAUCUCAACCGGCGGGAGAAGAAAUGGAUGCUUCCCCAGGAAUUCAUGAUUACCAACCAGCCACUUGCAGUAGGUAAAGGCAAGAACGAUUCUACAAGUGGCAAGCCCGGGACUCCACGCCCUAAGUCUACCACACCGGCUCCACUAAACGCUGCUGCGACCGAAUUCCAGCCAUCAGCAGCCAACGAGUAA